AUGAAGGAUAGGGAACAUGCGCGGAAGCCGACCAAACAACAGGCGUACAACGCCCAUACCCAAGGUUGCAUAAUUUCUUCUAAAGACAAGCGCAAAUCAGAUUCACAGCCUGCGAUGAACAAACAUUCCUCAGGCGUAAAUGAGGCAUUUCCCAGCUUAAGUGGUGGCAUCGGAGCUGAUGGCUUAGGCUUUCGGCAGUUUGAGAGUUCGCUGGACCGCAUUGUCAGCGGCAGCCGCGCGCAGGAAAGGACAGAACCAGACUCACACCCGGUGGCCUACAACAGCCGCUUCCAGUUCUUCCACUCAAAACGCACGAGCAUUAUCAACGACUCGGCAGCUAAUGAUGUGAGAUUGGCGCAAGGAAACGGGUUGGUGUGGGACACUGAUGGGAAAUCGGAAUCACCUCUUGAAGAUAAAUCUGUGAUACAACUUAAGUUAUGA